GUCUGCCCUGGGUUAUGCUAUUCCUUAGAAGCCUUUUGCUCUGGCUUGUGUCAGGCAGGGCCCCACACACGUUGCUCAUCCAAUGACUGGAGCCUCUGUAACUCCAGGUUACAGUCCCUGCCACCUGGGAUUCCCCUUGGGGACAUGGAGAGUUGCAGUUUGCAGGCUGCUUUCCUAGUACCUACUGUGUGCUAAAAGGGUUUCCAGAAUGGCUGCCAGCCAGGCUUGGCCAAGGGCAGAGGAGAAAUGAAGAGAUUAAUUCAGCAAAUACUGCUGUACCACACUUGUAAAGCCCAGGAGGGGUCUGGACAGCUGUGCCUAUCUUUUUGUAUCUGCUCUGCUAACUGGGGGUAGUUGAGGCAUCAGUCUACUGCAUGAGCUGGUGUGGAGGCUCCCUUGGCUAGGACAAAGGGGCAGGCAGCUGGUGGCAUUGGAUUGCUCCACAGGCAGCUGCUGGCGCCAUGCAGAGCUUGGUGUCUGGAAACCGCUGGGUGUAUUGGCCUCACGUGGGUGACAGGGACCUGAACCCUCCUUGAGGGACUCUGAGGCUGCAGAGGUCUCAGCCUUUUUGCCUUCAUGCCUAACAUAGGGGGGUGUACCCCCUCCUGAAAUGGGCUACUGCAGCUGGGGACCCCAUGGCUUUGGCAGUGUGUGGGGCCUGUGUGGCUACCUCAGCUGGCAGUGAUGCCCUGUAAUGUGGCAAUAGUGUGGAAAAGCCAUGAACAGGGCAUGGGUGCCCUUCAUCUGGGCUUUUAGCCCACAAGAUGCUGAAGAGUGCCAAGUCUGGAAAGUGUUGAUGGGAGGUGUUCACUCCUGGAGUGAGGGAGUGAAAUGGAGGGGUUUGCUUUUGGAAGGGUUGAGAGGGAGGCAAAGGGUGGUGGUAGAGGGACAGGGGAAACAGCCCUGGAGCUGUGCUUGCAUGGAGGGACAUGCCUCGGUGUAGGGUGGGCUGUAAGCAGCUGGCAUGGCCUGGGCAGCCCCAAAAGAAGCACAUUAUGGUACUAGGAGAGGGUAGGCAGCAGUGCCUGGGUGGGGGCCCCAACCUGUGUUCCAGUGGCUCCUCUGUAACCUUGGUGUUCCAUGGCUACCAGGGUGGCACUUCUAUGACCUUGCCGUGGCACUGGCAUCAGAGUGCACCAUGCAGUGCUGGCUGCUGCUGCUUGCCCUGCUGCUGGGGGCUGCCCUCCCACAGCCCAUGUCCCAGAGGGACAGCUACUCAAUCCCUGAGGACUUCUCUGCUCCCCUGGAGCUUCCGCAGAAGCACUUUGGCCUUGUGGACGAUUAUGGUAUCAAGCCCAAGCAGCCUCGCCGCAGGACCCAGGUGGCCCGGGAGCGGCCAGCAGCGCUGCGCAGAGCCGGCAAAAGCAAGCGUGACGAGCUGGACUUGGAGUACUAUGAUGAUGCCCACCUGUGAGCUGAUGUGCUCACCACAGCCCAGCCUCGCCUGCCCUCCACUACUGCAGGACAGGGUAGGUGUGUGUGGGGGGGUAAGGGUAAACUCUGCUUUGGGCAAGGACUGGAGCAGAUGAUCUCCAGCAGUCCCUUCUGAUUGCCGUAAGAUGAUCUCUGACCUCUAGGGAUUGCAACUGGGGCUCCAGGAUCCAACCUGUGAAGCUCCAGCUCUUCUUGGGGUCUCAAGGGGAAGAACAAGCCAGGGCCCAAACCCCUUGUCAUGGGACACAAACAGCACAGCAUGAACCUUGUCCAUGUACCAUCAUAUUUAAUAGUUGUUGCCAUCACAGCAGAUCCAGCUAAAGCACAGAGACCGCUGGCUGCAGGGACCAGGAGAGCUCCUCUACCUUCCCAGUGCUGUGCAUGGCUCCCUGCAGGCUCUAGCCCUUCCCUGUCCUGCUUCUGACAGGGACCCAGUUCUGCACAGGGGCCAAGGCCACUGCCCUGGGGUGGCCCAGCCCUGCCACUGCCUCUGUCACCUGCAGGUCAGGGGAAGGAGGAAAGAGGCAGAGAAAGGCUCCCCUCCCAAGGGUGUAGUUACUGCAAGGAGGUAUGGGGGGGAUUCUCUCUCCCUCUCCCCAGGGCACAGAUACAAGAGAGGAGGGAGGGGGAUGGGGGCAGAGGCAGGGGUGAGCUGUCUCAGCUCAUAAUGGUGCUGGCUCUGGCAGAGGAGAUAGUGGGGCUCUCUGUCACCUGCCAGGGAGGUGCUGCCCACCCAGGGCAAGCCCAUCUCCCAGGCAGGAACCAGCAUGUGGGUUGUGUUUGCUGUAGCUGCUGUGCCUUCACACUGCAAGAGUCCAACUCUGCCACUGCGUUAAAAGUCACCCCAGAUGGAUGUGACAGGAACCUGGGCCACGGUCACAAGGAGGAGAUGCUGUCACCCCAGCCUGCAGCAAGAAAGGGCCUGAGCAUGCUGUUGCUCACCCCUCCCACCACUCGGAGGCAGGGCAUUCAGCGGGUGCUUCACCAGUAGAAUAAACUAAGAGUAUUUUAUACAAUAAACACAA